AUGUUAAGGGAGUGGAAUAAGAGGGUUUUUGGUCUUACUUUGGGUUGUAUUGAUGCAUUGGAAAAACAGGUUGAGGAGAUUGAGCAACAGCUUCGUGUUAAUUGGGAGGAAAAUUUGGAAAGGGAAUUACAUAUGGUAUGCUCAGAUUUGGCAAGUUGGUGGCGAUGGGAAGAGAUUCGAUUGGCACAAAUGGCAAAAUUAAAAUGGAAAGUGGAUGGUGAUAGAAAUUCAAAAUUUUUUCAUGCUUGCCUUGCUAAUAAGAGGAGAAAAAGAGUGUUGGAAAUGAGAUCGAAUGUGGUGGUUUAUGAGACGCUGAAAAGCAUACAUCAAGGGGCAGUGGAGUAUUUCUCUUCUUUCCUUCAAGGGGAGCCUUCGGUUGAGCCACCUAGAUUGGAUCAAUACAUUGAUUCAAUCAUCUCAGAUGAAGAAAAUAUCUCACUUCUUCGUGCGCCUUCUUUGGGGGAAGUUUUUGAUGCAUUGUCUGCUAUUCCGUCUCAAAGUGCUCCGGGUCCUGAUGGUUUUGGUUGGAGAUUCUAUAAAAGUUGUUGGGUGGUGGUUAAAAUUGAUGUGUAG